UAUUUACAAAUAUUUCUUUUUUUGUAACUUUAUAAUUCCUUUUCAUAUUUAAAAUAUUGAUCCAUUUGAAUUUUUUUCAAAUGGUUAGUUUUUUAUAUCCCAUAAUUUAACAAUUUCUCUUUUGUUCAUUGAUAUAAAACAUUAGUUUUUCAUGUAUGAAAUUCUCAUAUACUGAUACUUUUCUCAUUCCCUCUUUUAAAAUUACUUUUUAAAGCAUUAUAAAUAUUUAAUGCUUAAAAAAAUUUUUUUAAAUGUUUAUUUUUGAGAGAGAGAGAGAGAGCAUGAGCAAGGUGGGGCAGAGAGACAGAGGGAGACACAGAAUCUGAAGCAGGAUCCAGGCUCUGAGCUGUCAGCACAGAAUCCGAUGCAGGGCUCAAAUUCAUGAGCUGCGAAAUCAUGAUCUGCGCCGAAGUCAGACGUUUAACCUACUGAGCCACCCAGGCACUCCAAAUAUUUAAUGCUUAUUGAACAACAACAACAAAAUUGAUGCACAAAAAUAUAAAAUAUAAAGAACAAGGAAAGAAUAAUGAAAGGCAUACUACAAAGCAGGAGUAAUCACUGUAAAAUUUUUCAUGUGUAUCUUUCCAGAUUUUUCUAAGUAUAUACAAAUACAAUCAUAUAAAAAUUAAAUCAAUUUCUGAAAUAGUUUUGUAAGUACUUCUUCAUUUAAAAUAUAUGGUGAACAUCUUUCUCCAUCCACAAGUGUCUAUAAAUAUAGAUCUAGAAUAAUUUUUAAUAACUAUAUAGAUUCCAUUUUGAUGAUGUGUUCUACACUUAAAUCUACACUUAAAAAUAGAAGAAAAUAUAUUAUAAAUAUAUGAAUAUCUACAUGUACUAAAAAAUGGUAGGCACCAAAUGCUUAGAACUUUUUCUCUAAAUUUUAUUACUGCCUUCUAUCCUUCAUAAUGUAACUGGGACAGAUGGUCAGAGAAGAAGAUUUUGUAUAUUCUUGUACUCUGAAAGUAGCCAAGAGGCAAUUGCCAUGUGAAUAUACUUCUAAAGCUUUUUGUUAUGGUGAAUUUCAAACAAAUAAAAAAAAAAGUAACUCAAUGAACCCCCAUUUACCCAUCACCUGGCUUCAGCACAGUCCAUUUUGUUUCUUUGUCCAGUCAUUAUACUACCCCUUACUUGAAGCAGUCCCAGAUAUCACAUCAUUUCAUUCUCAAACAUUUCACUGUGGGUCUCCAACUAUAAUACCAUUAUCACCAUUUUAAUAUUUUUGUUGUGUUUCAGAGAAGGAGGUGUCACAAUGAUGGUCCAAAAUGGCCAAACAUAAAUUUAUUUUUAAAGAAGAGGUACUUUUUCUGGUUGCCAUACUCACCUUCUACAAAAGACUUAAAAAUGGGAUACUUGGUUUUAUUGGACCAUUUUAUGUGAAGUGAUUUCAAAAUCUUUUAGGAAAGGAAUCAUUUAAAGAUCUAUAGGGUUUCUAGAAGUUCGACUGCUUAAACAACGUGUGGCAUUGAGGAGAUAAAUUAGCUAAGGACUCUGCAUUUGAAGUUUAAAUUUGAGCAGAAAUAGUCAUUCAGUUUUGAGGAAGAGAAAAUCACAAGGUUUUUAAGCCUUUUUUCUUUUAUUUUUUAAGCCUUUUUUUAAAGUUUAUUCAUUUAUUAUUUCUGAGAGAUAAAGAGAGCACAGUGGGGGAGGGGCAGAGAGCAAGAGAGGGAAACACAGAAUCCGAAGCAGGUUCUAGGCUCUGAGCUGUCAGCACAGAGCCUGAUGUGGGCUCGAAGUCAGAUGCUUAACUGACUGAGCCACCCAGGUGCCCCAAGCCUUUUUUUUUUUAAAGAUAGCUUUAGAAAAUCCUGAUUCUUGGGGUGCCUUGGUUGCUCAGUUGCACACCCCACUCUUGUCUCACAAUUUGUAGGUUCAAGCCCUGCGUCCAGCUCUGCACUGACAGCACAGAGCAGAGCCUGCUUGGGAUCCUCUCUCUCCUUCUCUCUCUGCCUUUCCCCUGCUCAUGCUCUCUAUCUCAAAUAAAUAAACUUUAAAAAAAAAAAAAAAAGAAAAUCCUGAUCCUUAAACCUGGACACAUGCUUCUUCGUUUGAUGCCUUGUCAGGUGUAUUUAGGGCAUAGGAGGAUUUGCUUCUCAUGGCCCAACACUGGGAAUCAAAGCAUCAUCUGAGAGUUCAAUCUUUAGGCUGGCUGGUCUUCAUCACCCAUAGGUGUAUAUAGUCAACCUAGACUGUGAAAUUCAUCUGCAUGUAAUAACUAUGUAAUAUUUUCCAUGUGCAAUGCACUCUCUUUGACCCUUUCAGGUGCACCUGUUCACAUAAUUCCCACCGCAACCCUGCGGAGAAGGUAUCAUUACUUAUACUGACUGAGGCUCACACAAGUUAUGGCCUAAGAGCAUGCAUCUAAUAAAUGGUGGGACAAGGAUUCAACCCGCAUCUUUUCAUGACCCACGCUGCCUGUUGGCAAGAAUAAAUAGAUCCUUACUACAGAUUUAAUGACCUUAAGUACAGAUGGAUCUCCUUGGAUAACUGGACCUAUAGCAAGAAAUUUCAAAUCCCCUUUAACAUUAGCCUGCUAAAAGAGAAAUAAAACCAGAAUAUGGUGCUCAACAUCAACAUUGCUGUGCGCCAUGUUCACGUUUGCAGCAAAUGGCAAAAAGUAAACCUGAUUUUUGAGGGUGUUGAUACAGUUGCAAAAAUCCUGCUAAAUAGUGUUCCUAUUGGGAAAACAGACAACAUGUUCAAAAGAUAUAGCUUUGAUAUUACCACUGUGGUUAGAAAUGUGAACUCCCUUGAGCUGCGUUUCCAGUCCCCCGUGUUGUAUGCGGCGCAGCGGAGCAAAGCUCACACUAGCUACUGGGUGCCUCCAGACUGCCCUCCGCCUGUGCAGAAGGGCCAAUGCCACGUCAACUUCAUUCGAAAGGAGCAGAGUUCCUUUAGUUGGGACUGGGGGCCGUCCUUCCCUACCCAGGGCAUCUGGAAAGAUGUCAGAAUCGAAGCCUAUAAUAUUUGUCAUCUGAACUUCUUCACGUUUUCCCCUAUCUACGAUAACCAUACCCAGGGGUGGAAUCUUGAAAUAGAGUCUUCUUUUGAUGUUGUCAGCCCAAAGCCAAUUUCUGGUCAAGUGAUAGUAGCCAUUCCUAAACUGCAAACACAGCAGAUGUACAGCAUUGAACUUCAACCUGGGGAAAGGAUUGUUGAGCUAUUUGUGAAAAUUAAUAAGAAUGCUACUGUAGAAACUUGGUGGCCUCAUGGACAUGGAAACCAGACUGGAUAUAAUAUGACAGUUCUUUUUAAGUUGGAUGGAGGCUUAAGUAUUGAAAAAUCAGCUAAGGUUUAUUUUAGGACAGUGGAACUUAUAGAAGAGUCCAUUGAAGGGUCUCAAGGUCUGAGUUUCUACUUCAAAAUUAAUGGAUUGCCCAUAUUUCUGAAAGGCUCAAACUGGAUCCCAGCAGAUUCGUUCCAGGAUCGAGUAACCUCUGACUUGCUACGGCUCCUUUUGCAGUCUGCUGUGGAUGCUAACAUGAAUACUCUCCGGGUUUGGGGAGGAGGAAUAUAUGAGCAAGAUGAAUUCUAUCGACUCUGUGAUGAACUGGGAAUAAUGGUAUGGCAGGAUUUUAUGUUUGCCUGUGCUCUUUAUCCGACUGAUCAGGGCUUCCUGGAUUCAGUGAGAACAGAAGUUGCUCACCAGAUCAGGAGACUGAAAUCUCAUCCUUCCAUCAUCAUAUGGGGUGGAAAUAAUGAAAAUGAAGCAGCGCUGAUGAUGAAUUGGUUUAAUAUACACACCAGUGAACUGCAUACCUACAUCAAUGACUAUGUGGUUCUGUAUGUGAAAAAUAUUCGACAGAUUGUUUUGGCAAGAGACAAGACUCGUCCUUUUAUCAUAUCCAGUCCUACAAAUGGGGCCGAAUCUAUUGAAGAAGGCUGGCUGUCUGCCAACCCCUAUGACAAGAAUUUUGGUGACGUACAUUUUUAUGACUAUAGCAAUGAUUGCUGGAAUUGGAAAAUUUUCCCCAAAGCUCGAUUUGUAUCUGAAUAUGGAUAUCAGUCCUGGCCUUCCUUCAGUACAUUAGAAAAGGUUUCAUCUGAAAAGGACUGGUCUUACAACAGCGAAUUUUCACUUCAUCGACAACAUCAUGCAGGUGGAAAUAAUGAAAUGCUGCUUCAGAUUGGAUUUCAUUUCAAACUCCCAAAAAACACAGAUCCAUUACAGACAUUCAAAGAUACCAUUUACCUUACUCAGGUGAUGCAGGCGCAGUGUGUCAAAGUAGAGACUGAAUUCUACCGCCGCAGUCGCAGCGAGAUAGUGGAUGGAAAAGGACACACCAUGGGCGCACUUUAUUGGCAGCUGAAUGAUAUCUGGCAGGCUCCCUCCUGGGCUUCCCUAGAAUAUGGAGGAAAGUGGAAAAUGCUUCAUUACUUUGCUCGACAUUUCUUCGCUCCACUGUUGCCAGUGGGAUUUGAGGAUCAAGAUGCGUUUUUCAUCUAUGGUGUGUCAGACCUUCACUCUGACUGUAAAGCGACGCUCACUGUGAGAGUCCACACGUGGAAUUCCCUGGAGCCCUUGUGCUCCUCUGAGACCGAGCGUUUUGUCAUGGAAGCAGGGAAGGCCAUUCUCCUAUACAAGGAGCAGGUGCCUGCAUUGUUGGGGCGUUGUGGGAACUGUACCCGGCAAAGCUGUGUGGUUUCCUUUUACCUUUCAACGGACAACCAACUUGUGAGCCCAACCAACCAUCACUUCCUGUCUUCGCUGAAUGAGACCGUGGGGCUCCAGAAGGCACACAUCACCGCCAACAUCUCCCAGCAAGGUGACACAUUUGUGUUUGAUCUGGAAACCUCGGCUGUCGCUCCCUUUGUUUGGUUAGAUGUAGGAAGCAUCCCUGGGAGAUUCAGUGACAAUGGUUUCCUCAUGACUGAAAAGACAGGGACUAUAUUAUUUUACCCUUGGAAACCCACCAGCAAGAGUGAAUUGGAGCAAUCUUUUCACGUGACUUCCCUGACUGAUACUUACUGAGGGGUUACAGGUUGUAUUUUCAGCGAACUCUGGAAUAAAGCAUUUCGAAGGCACCGGCCGAAGCUGAAGACAAGUUGAAGAGGCUGAGAAAUGUGUCUGCUUGCGGCCACACAUCUGAUUCAUCGCUCUGUGAAGACUUUGUACAGAGCAUUCUUUCGGGAAAGGUUGUUUACUCAGGUGAUAUCCUCCAGCAAGGCUGUGCAUCGGUGUUCCUCUGUGCCAGGACUGUAGUUUUAUCCCUGCCCCCACAGCUUUAGCAAAGCCAUGACCCAGUUAUGACCCAGUUGUAACCCAGCCACCUCCUCCUACCCUGGAGAGGAAGUCCACACAUAAAGUCCUCUCAGGGAAUCGCAGGAACAUGACCAUUGUGGUAUCUGUGGAAGGUUGUGAGGUCACGUAGGCCUCUCCUAGUUAGCUUUGAAAAAUAAUGAAUAAUCACAGUGAAGCUGCUUUGUUAUUAUUCCCUGAGGAAAUGGAGGUUAAACAGUCACAACAGAGAGAGAUUUCUGGGUAGUAGCCACGUUGUUGUUUUUGUUGCUGGAAAGUUUGGGGUGUUGACUGUCGCCAUUUGAUUACUUUUUUGGGUAGGGUUCUUUUUUCCUUUGUGGGUUUUGUUAUAAAAUACUGUUUUGACAAUAACAGCUUCUUUUUUUCAAAGGCCAUUUAGAGUGAUUCUCCUUUGAAAAAUAAGCUCACAUUGAAAUGGACAUCACUGUGGUCACUUUGGAAACUUCUGCGUGUCAUAUGCUGUCACCUGUAAUUAUGUAUGGGUUGUAGAUGUGGCUAAAUCCAAUGAACUUUCCAAUUCAAAGUCUGUGAGUUAGAUUUAUAUUUGUUGACCCUGGCAACAAAGUGGUGUUUCUUUUAGCUUCGGUUUCAAUCAUUUUAUAUUAAUAUUGAUUAAUUGUAAGUUGCUGUAAAUUUGUUUUAUUGUACAUGAUCAUGUUUAUAAAUUAUAUUGAUAAUGAAACAAAUGGGUCAAAAUGUUAAUAGAUGAGGUGUGUAGGAAUUCUUUUGGACUGCUUUUGCAACCAUUCCAUAAGUUUGAAACUACAUCAAAAAUUAAAAGUUACAUAAAUUGCACUGACAA